AUUCGCUAUUGUAACGCAGCAAACUAAGUACUAUGAGUCGCAGCUUCGAAAUAUAUCAAGACUGUCCGGGUGAUCUUAGGCUAGCCUGCAUGCGAUAAGUUCUUACCUAGGUACAGUAUCAACGCUAAGUCAUAACAGGCAGCAUCGGUACCCUACAAUAGCUUCUUCACAAUUCGUGAGCAUGUUUUGUGGCCUUUCGACUCCCUUUCCCCUGCACCACUGCGGCAACGACUAAGUCUUUACCUUGCUUUGUCACUAAGUCAACAAAGAAAUAAUUACCUUCUGCGCUUCACGCCCUCCUGCGGAUACCACAAAUCUGAUUCCACCAUGCUAUCGCAGAUAUGUACCCACAUUAAAUCAUGGUGGCAACAGACACCUUUGCCAACAACCACGGCAACGUCUAGCUUCCAAAAAUGGCACGACUUUAAUCAAGGACUGUGGAUUCCAUUCGUCAAUGACAAAACUUCUCGGCCUGGCACCAGACAUCAAUGGGCGGGCUCGUUCCGCCUUGUGAGUUGGAACGUAAAUGCAGAUGCACCGUUACCAAAGGUUCGUAUAUCUGCACUACUGCAGGUCAUCAAGGGUAUGGGAGCUGCAAAUGUUGUUUUCCUGCAAGAGGUAUCAAGGGAAUCGCUUGCAGCACUUCUCGAAGAUCUUUGGAUACAGCAAAAUUGGUACAUAAGCGAUGUCAAUUUCUCCGCCUUUGGAAACCAAAAGUUUAUCAGCAUCAAUUUGGUGUUAAAGCUUUGGGUAGCCACGGAUGGUAUCAUGCUAGGCGCCAUCUGGAGGGUUUCGUUACCUAGUCGCUUUGAACGAGACGCCCUAUGCUGCGAUCUGAUUCUGAACCCCUCGAGCAAGCACACCUCUGGUAGAAGUUCCCUCCGGAUUCGACUUGUUAAUGUCCACUUGGAUUCGUUACCAAUCAAUCCGUCACUAAGGCCACACCAGCUCUCCAUCUGCGCGUCGUACCUCAGCGCAGCUGGCCGCGGGAUCAUCGCCGGCGACUUCAAUCCCGUUCUCCCGGAAGACGACGACCUUGUCAGCACCAACGAUCUUACCGAUGCGUGGGUACGCCUUCGCCCAAAUGACCUAGGCCACACUUGGGGUGUAUACGGCGAACAGUCUUUCCCGCCAAACCGGUUGGACAAAGUUGCUCUGUUUAAACUUACCCCUUCCGGCGUGGGCAUCCUGCAAACGAGCGAGUUGGAGUUCUGUGGAGAGAAGACUUUGACUGAUGUAACGGGGUUGGGUUUGAAAGCGCAUUUCAGCGAUCACUUUGGUCUUUGGUGUGACGUUGGAUGGGCAGAAGACUGACCAUAGCCGAGAUGAUAGCUGUUCGAAGACAAUUCUGAAGCUGGACAUCUUUCGACAUGUACGAGUUCGAGAGAACAAGUCUGGGCAGACAUGAGGAGUUGCUGCGUGCCUGGCUAGAGUCAAAUGAGAGAUGCUUUGAGGCGUAUGUUUUACAUAUUCUAGACCUAAGACAAGAGCAUCGAUUUGAGCAAUGGAGUCUUUGACAAGCGCUAUCUCUCCACGGUGUUUAAAACAGAAAAGCGAGCGGUUGUCCAGUCUCUGAUUCCCAGUCCUGAAGGUGAAGGCUUGCGCGGUUGCAGAUUGUUCGCACGACUAGGACCAAAGGUGAGCUAGCGUGCUAGACCUGAGCAUCCUGAGGCGUGGCGGUGCAGGCCGACCGAAUGUUGAGCUGGGCAAUUGUAUUAAGACCCUUGGAAGGUCGGUUC